AUGCACCGCGAGAGGCAGCCUUUGGAAAAGCGGCGCGGCUCGUUCAAGAUGUCGGAGCUGGAUCAGCUGCCCGACGAGACUGAAUGUUCUUCUGCAUUCUUUGAGGAGGAGAGGUCAGCAUUAAAACAGAAAUGGCAGAAAAUCCGACUUUUACAACAGCGGAAAGUUGCAGAUAUUUCACAACUUAAGGAUCUUCCAGAUGAAAUUCCAUUACCACUUGUUAUAGGAACAAAAGUUACAGCACGGUUGCGUGGUGUCCAUGAUGGACUGUUCACUGGACAGAUAGAUGCUGUAGACUCACUUAAUGCUACUUACAGAGUAACUCUUGACAGGACAGGGCUUGGAACACAUACAGUCCCAGAUUAUGAAGUUCUUAGCAAUGAGCCUUAUGAAACUAUGCCAAUUACUGCUUUUGGACAAAAACAACGGCCUUCUAGAUUCUUCAUGACCCCUCCUCGAUUACACUACACACCUUCUCUCCAGUCUCCAAUUACAACCAGGUUAUCAAAAAUCCUUAUGAUUAAGAAGGAGCACAUCAAGCAGUUAAGGGAGAUGAACACAGAAGCAGAAAAGCUGAAAUCCUAUUCUAUGCCAAUCAGUAUUGAGUUUCAGAGAAGAUAUGCAACUAUUGUUCUAGAUCUAGAACAACUGAAUAAGGAUCUAAACAAAGUUUUGCAUAAGGUUCAACAGUACUGUUAUGAGCUUGCUCCAGACCAAGGCCUCCAGCCUGCAGACCAGCCAACAGAUCUGAGGCGCCGAUGUGAAGAAGAAGCUCAGGAGAUAGUUAGACAAGCAAAUGCAUCAACAACAGGACAUCUUUGUGUGGAAAAUGAAAACCUGACAGAUCUGAUCUCUAGACUUACAGCAAUAUUACUGCAGAUUAAGUGUCUAGCAGAAGGAGGUGACCUGAAUUCCUUUGAAUUUAAAUCACUAACAGAUUCAUUAAAUGACAUCAAGAAUUCAAUAGAUUCUUCUAAUAUCAGUUGUUUUCAGAAUAAUGUUGAGAUCCAUGUUGCACACAUUCAGAGUGGCCUGAGCCAGAUGGGAAAUUUAUAUGCCUUUGCAGCCAAUAACACCAACAGAGACUGAAAAAGCUGUCUAUUUCAAGUGUAUAGCAUGUAAUUCUGUGAAAUCCUCUUCCUUUACAUAGGCUUCACCAA